AUGAACCAGACUUACAACUACGGAUACCAACAAGAUGAACCAUGGCUAUCAACACCACAGUUUAAUGAAAGUGUAGCUCAGUUUAACCAAGGUUAUAAUGAUAAUAUACCAAAAAAUUUAGAUGAUGGAUUCUUAACUGAUAAUUUUACAAAUCAACCACAACAAUUUAAUGAAUUUGUUUCAAAUAAUAGUAAUAAUCAAAAUAAUCAACAAAUUCAACAACAACAAUUAAAUAUCAAUGAUUCUAUUUAUAACUCAUCUGAUAAAUCUUCUCCGUCAUCAAUAUUAAAUAAUAAUAAUCAAAAUCAAAUCCCAUCAGCUGAUAUUGAUGAAUCAAAUUUAUCAGAAAAAGAAAUUGCCAAUAGAAGAAAAGCUCAAAAUAGAGCAGCUCAAAGAGCUUUUAGAGAACGUAAAGAAUUAAAAUUAAAAGAAUUAGAAGAAAAAUUAUCAAAAUCUGAAAAUGACAAGACAAAUUUAUUACAACAAUUACAAGACCUCAAAAAGCAAAAUGUAAUUAUAUCAACUGAAAAUAAAUUAUUAUUACAAAAUGGUAAUUCUUUAAUCCCAUUAAAUAAUCAAGAUAUUUUAUCAAAUUUUUCAAAUCAAUUUUCAUUUCCUUCAAGUUCUGAUCGUAUUAAAUCAGAACCUGAAUCACCAAUUAAAUUAGAUUAUUCUGGUAUAAAUUUAACAAUAACUCAAGUUUGGGAAUAUUUAAAUGAAUUAAAUGAUAAAUAUGAUAAAGAUUAUGAUUUAAAUGUUAUUAUGAACAAAAUUAAAGGUUUAGAAGUUUGUCAUGAACGUGGUGCUGCUUAUCCAAAGAGUACUAUUGAUUCUAUAUUAGUAAAAUAUGAUAAUGGUGAAAUUUAG